CCCAGGAGGGCCAGAGCAUAAAUGGCAAAAGCCAGGAGGGCGGCUGCCAUCCUGCCCAGCAUGCAGACCUCCGGCAGCAAGCCGUGCCCCUGCCCCAGCUUCAAGAUGCGGGAGGUAGCGUCCGUGUACUUCACCAUGAUCGCCGUGUUCCUGGUCAUCCUGGUGGCUGCCCUGCAGGGCUCGGCGCCCCGUGGCACCUAUUUUCCCUACAAGGUGCCCCUCGAUCCCCAGGGGCUGCUCGAGCUCUCCUGGAACGUCAGCUACCCCGAGCAAGCGGUGUACUUCCAGAUCCUCAGCAGGGAACUCAAGUUCGGGCUCCUCUUCGGGAUGUCGGACCGGGGAGAGUUUGAGAACGCGGACCUGGCCGUGCUCUGGAGCGACGGGCACAGCUCAUAUUUUGGGGAUGCCUGGAGCGAUGCCAAGGGGCACCUCCACAUGGACUCGCAGCAGGACUACCAGCUCCUGGGGGCUCAGAGCACCGCCGAGGGGCUCUCCAUCCUCUUCAGAAGAGCCUUCAGCACCUGUGACCCCAAGGACUACCUCAUUGAGGACGGCACCGUGCACCUCAUCUAUGGGAUCCUGGAGAAACCCGUCCGCUCCCUGCAGGCCAUCAACAUCUCUGCCAUCCACAGGGGGCUGCAGAGGGUGCAGCUGCUAAAGCCCAACAUCACCAUCCCCGAGCUGCCCAGCGACAUGAAGACCAUGGAGAUAACGGCCCCCGGCGUCGUUAUCCCCAGCCAGGAGACGACCUACUGGUGUUACAUGGCAGAGCUGCCAGACGGCUUCCCCAAGCACCACAUCAUCAUGUACGAGCCAGUGAUCACAGCGGGCAACGAAGCCCUGGUGCACCACAUGGAAGUCUUCCAGUGCGCCGCCGAGCUGGACAGCAUCCCGCGGUACAACGGGCCCUGCGACGCCAAGAUGAAGCCAGACCAGCUCAACUACUGCCGGCACGUGCUUGCUGCCUGGGCCAUGGGUGCACAGGCUUUCUACUACCCCGAAGAAGCGGGACUUGCCUUUGGCGGUCCGGGCUCCUCCAGAUAUCUGCGCCUUGAGAUUCACUAUCACAACCCCCUGGUGUUCAAAGGGCGCCGCGAUUCCUCGGGGAUCCGCCUCUACUACACGGGCAGCCUGCGCCGCUACGAUGCCGGCAUCAUGGAGCUGGGCUUGGUCUACACGCCGGUGAUGGCCGUGCCCCCGGGCGAGCCUGCCUUCGUCCUCACCGGGUACUGCACCGACAAGUGCACCCAGCGGGCGCUGCCUGCUGCCGGCAUCCGCAUCUUCGCCUCACAGCUCCACACACACCUGGCAGGGAGGAAAGUGGUGACGGUGCUGUCACGGGACGGCAGGGAGAGGCAGGUGGUGAACGCCGACGGCCACUACAGCCCUCACUUCCAGGAGAUCCGCAUGCUGAAGGAGCUGGUUGCAGUUUUUCCGGGCGAUGAACUCAUCACAACCUGCACUUACAACACGGAGGACAGGACCAAAGUGACCAUGGGCGGGUUUGGCAUCAUGGAGGAGAUGUGCGUGAACUACGUGCACUACUACCCCCAGACCCAGCUGGAGCUCUGCAAAAGCGCCGUGGAUCCGGGCUACCUGCACCGGUACUUCAGCCUCGUGAACAGGUUCAACGACGAGGAGGUCUGCACGUGCCCGCAGGUCUCCGUCCCACAGCAGUUUUCCUCCAUCCCCUGGAACACCUUCAACAGAGACGUGCUAAAAUCCCUCUACGGCUUCGCCCCCAUCUCCAUGCACUGCAACAAAUCCUCGGCCGUCCGCUUCCCGGGCGAGUGGGAGAAGCAGCCGCUUCCCAGCAUCACCGAGACACUGCGGGAGCCUGGCCCUCACUGCCCGCCUGCCCCGGGGCCUCAUCCUGCUGCCUCCGUGCCCAUCAAGCUGGGUGAGAUCAAGAGGGUCUGAGCCGAUUCCUGGUCCCCCUCGCCGUGCCAGCACCGCGAUGGGAUGCGCCUCUGCAUGGUGGUGGCACGGGUGGCCACGGGGAGCCUCGUCCCAUCGCUCCCCCCAUCCCUGCCCCAGCUCCUGCCUCCACCCAGGGGGUUUUUUAGGGCUCAUCCCUAGCGGUUCAGAAAGUACUCCGGGGAUGGAAAGCGCUAUAUUUAGUGCGUUAUUAGCAAGCCCGGCUCUGAGUAAUGCUGCUUUCCGCCCCCAGAAUAAUAACAGGGAGGUUUGCUAUUGUGCCAAACCCAGCGCGGCCCCAGGGAGGGGGGGGGGGAGAGAAACCUUGCUUCCCCGCAGGGAAACUGAGGCACGGAGCAAAGAGCAGCGUGGGAGCAGCACGCGAGCCUUCCUGGCACCCCACGGGCCCGUCUUGUUCGGGGUGGCUCUGCGGGGGCUCUCCCACACUGACACCCCCAGGGGGGACGGAGGGAGGGAGGGAAGGAUGCCGCCCGCCGCAGCCCCCCCGCCGAGCUCCCCCGCGCCGGGGAUUAUUCGCCUUGACGAGACCAGAUGCCAAUGGACGGGAACAAAUGAUACGUGUGUGAUGGGAUUUCGAAAGGGGGAGGGAUGGGGGGGAAGGGAAAUGGGGGGAAAGACAAACCUUUGGCAGGAAAAACGACUGCGUUCAAUACCUACUUGUGAAAUAAAAAGGAAAAAGGAUGCUUUUUGCUGUCAAGCUGCAAAGGGAAAACACUUGCUUGGACCAGAGGAAGGGUCCAGGGGAUGCAGGAGAGCCCGUCCAUCCCAGCCAGCCCCUGUGCCUCCGUCACAUCCAGAGGCUCCCCUUGCAGGGACCUGACUCGCUCGGUCCAUCCUCAAUGAAGGCUGGAGCUGCCCUGCCCGCCCCUGCUCCCCAGCACCAUUGGUAUCCCGUUGUUUUGGGGACAUCCUCCAUGGAGAACACGACCCUACACAGCUUAUAGGGUGAAAGCUGUGGGUUCUUGCAGGAAAAUACCAUUGUAUUAUCCCAGACAUGUGGUUAAUCCUGGCACAGGGGAGGCAUC